AUGGCUACAAUAAGUAGUUCAGAGACAUUUUUACCACUUGCUUUAAUGGAUAAAUGUAUUGGAAGUAAGAUAUGGAUAAUGAUGAAAGGUGAUAAAGAAAUUGUUGGAAAAUUAGUUGGCUUUGAUGAAUAUGUUAAUAUGGUAUUAGAAGACGUAACUGAAUAUACAUAUGUAAAUAAUGUUAAAAAAGUAAAUAAAAUAAAAAAAUUAUUAUUAAAUGGUUUAAAUAUAACAAUAAUGGUUCCUGGAGGAACACCAGUUAAUUAUUAUGAUUAUGAAGAAAAAUUAGAAGAAAAUAUUGAUGACAAAGCUAGCUAA